ACUGCCUGUUUACCGUCUCACCAUUCCUCCAAAUCUCUAAACCACCCCCCUCUCCUCCACUCCACUCCACACCACCCCACACCACCAUGGCGCAACCCACAACAACCAUGAAAAUCAAAACGACGCCGUCACCACGCCUCCCUCAAUCCACCACCCCCACCCCCACCUCACUCUACCACCCCAUCCCCCCACCCAGCCCCAGCCCUGACCUCCGCCCCUUCUUCUCCCGCCUCACCACCUCCCUCCGCAACUCCUUCGCCCAACGCCGCCCGUGGUUCGAGAUCAUCGACCGCUCCACCUUCCGCCGCCCUGACACCUUCUCCGAAGCCACAACCCGUGUCCGAAAGAACCUCUCCUACUUCCGUGUCAACUACACAGCCAUUAUCAUCAUCCUCACCAUCCUCUCCCUCCUCUCCCACCCUUUUCCCCUCAUCUUCUUCGUCUCCUUAUCCGCCGCCUGGCUCUACCUCUACCUCUUCCGCCCGCCCGAUCAACCCGCCCUCCUGUUUGAUCACACCUUCUCUGACCGUGAAAUCCUUGGGAUUUUGAUCAUUCUGACCAUUCUAACCGUGUUUUUGACCGGUUUAGGGGCCUUGUUGGUCUCCUCUAUUGUUUUCGGAUUGGGGAUUACUUGUGUUCAUGGCGCGUUUCGGGUGCCACAAGAGGUGUUUGUGGAUAAUCAGGAUCAGAUGGAUGCUGGGAUCCUUUCGUUUCUUAUUGGGACCGCUACUUCUGCUGCGGUUGCCACCGCUCCAACGAUUCCUCGCGUUUGAUUCAUGGUUAUCCAGGUGAUAUUAUGAAAAAAGGUUUAUAUACAUAUACAUAUACAUAUACAUGUGUGUGUGUAUAUUUCCGUUGGUGUGAUUUGGUCACUUCAUUUGUGUUUUGUUGCAAUACUUUUCGUAACACUGAUCUGAAGGGCGAUGCUAGAGCGAAUUCGAACUGUGCCAACGGCAAUGUGAUUGGGCUUGAAUAAUAUGUGUCGAGCUGGCUCGACUAAAACUUAAUUAGCU